AUGGAAGAAAAAUCUCUGGGUGGCAGCAAGCAUCCGCUGCUGAUCGUGGAUGAAGCCAGCGGAUGCCUGAAGGGUUUUUGUCUGCAUUCCAAGUCAGAGAGCGAAGAGUGCAUCAAGAAGUACAUCAAGAUGAUACAGACGCAGUUCAACAAGAAGGUCAAAUUUGUGCGACACGAUGGAGCCCGCGAGUUUGCGACGAACUUAUUGAGGGUUACCGGUACAAUCCGAACCUAG